AUGUACCAUAAUGGAGAUAAGUCUAUUCCUCCAUUAUUUUUGGUUGAUUCUUAUGGAAGAAAUGAAUUAUUAGAUAUGAAAUUUUAAAUUGAAAUGCGAUCUGCAACUCAAUUUAUGAAACAUCAAACUCCAAUAAAGAUUUCGCUUUACUAUUAAUUUCCUUGGGAUUAGAUGAUAGAAAUAGUGCGGCCCAAUUCUUGGGUUUCAAGUUAUUCAGAUGAGUUGGUAACAGAAAAUGGAAAAUUAGAAAAAAUAGAAGUAAAAGGAGAAUAAAUUGAAUUAAUUGUCGCCUUUUGGCUAUAAAAUUUAUAAUUAUUGUCUUUAAGAAAAAAAAGUAGCAAAGGAAGCUUAAAUAGCCUUGGAGGAGAUAUAAAAAUUUAUGUUCAAGAAAAAGUAAGCAUUUUUAGAGAGAGUUUAGGGAUAGUAAUCAGCACUUAAUUAAAUACUUUAAGAACUUAGGUUUUUGACUUCUUCUUAAACGUUAUAAGAAUUAGAUGAAGCAACAGCUGCAUAAAGACUUAAAAUUGGUACUUAAAUUGGAAAAUAUCAUUGUAAAUCUUUGAAAUGUGUCUAUAUAAGCAUUUUAAUAAUCAAAAUAAAAAUUUCUAACCAUGAUUGAAAAUAUUAAAUAAUUUCCGAGUUUCAAUAAUUUAGUUAUAAAAUUAAGUUGAUAUUUUAACAGAUCCAGAAUUAAUUGAAGAAAUCAAUAAUAUGAUUGUAUCAUUUCUCCCGAGAGUUGGACAUGCUUUAUAUUUAAAAAGAUCAGAUGAAUCAAGAAUCAAUCCAUAUACUGUUGAAGUACUUAAUAUUGGGAGGAUUAAUAAAUAUAUUGAUUCAUUAGCAAUUAUUGAUUCUCCAAAUCAUGAGGUUGAAUUUAGUAUUGGAAAUAAUGAAAAGGAAAAAUUUUAUUUUUGGUUCCAUUAUAUGAUAAUGAAGUUCUUAUUCCUUUUCUAAGAUCAAGCAUAUUCCAUACUUUGA